CGACCAUCUUCAAGAGGUAUCUCGAAAGCUUGUCGUUUGUGAGAUCCAUCUUAUUACAAUUAGCUUUCAGUUUGAAUCGGACUUCACACCCGAAAAAAUCUCUUGGUAAUUUCUCGUAGGUAUAGAUUUUGUUUCUCAGAGCUUUCGUAAGAGCUGGUAGAUAGUAAGCUAUAGGCAAUAGAAUGGCUUACAGUUACAUGACAAUGGCAGCAAGUAGCCAGAGCCUGCAUUUCUUUAAUUUUGCUUCUUCUUCUUCUCAAGAAUGGAGGAGUGUGAGGAGUUGUUUCAAAUUGACACCUUUUAACAAUUGUCAUGGAGCAAAUUUGAAGUUGCCCUCAGUGGGUACAUCUAACGGUGAGAUUUAUUGCCAUCUGAAACUUGGGUUAUUGCCAUAUAAAAAAUAUUCAGUUUCAUCUGGAUCCACAAGGACAGUGACCCAGUUGGUUACAGAGGAGGAGAAGGGGCAGAGUGUUGGGUUUGAUUUCAAAAAUUACAUGCAGUCAAAGGCUGAGGCAGUGGACAAGGCACUGGAUACGGCAAUACCACUUGAAUAUCCUAAAAAAUUACAUGAAUCAAUGAGGUAUUCUCUUCUAGCAGGAGGUAAGCGUGUCAGGCCUGCUCUUUGCAUUGCAGUAUGUGAACUUGUAGGAGGGACUCAAGAUCUGGCCAUGCCAACUGCCUGUGCAAUGGAGAUGAUUCAUACCAUGUCUCUUAUCCAUGAUGACUUGCCUUGCAUGGACAAUGAUGAUUUCAGAAGAGGGAAGCCCACAAACCAUAAAGUCUUUGGUGAGAACAUUGCUGUUCUUGCAGGGGAUGCUCUGCUUUCAUUUGCAUUUGAGCAUAUUGCAGUGGCUACAAGCAAGACUGUUCCUGGUGAUAGGAUUUUGAGGGUGAUAUCUAAAUUGGGUAAGUCAAUAGGCUCUCAAGGGCUUGUAGGGGGGCAAGUUGCUGAUAUUACUUGUGCGGGAGAUUCUUCAAUUGACAUUAAGACUCUGGAAUGGAUUCAUAUACACAAGACUGGUAUGCUCUUGGAAUGUUCAGUUGUGAGUGGAGGGAUUCUUGGUGGUGCUACAGAGGAGGAGAUCGAGAGAAUUGAGAGGUAUGCUGUAUGCGUGGGGCUUCUGUUUCAGGUUGUGGAUGACAUACUUGAUGUCAGUAAAUCUUCAGAAGAAUUGGGUAAGACUGCAGGGAAGGAUUUGAUUACUGAUAAGGCUACUUAUCCCAAGUUGAUGGGUCUGGAGAAAGCAAAAGAAUUUGCUGCCGAAUUGGCCAGCAGAGCCAAAAAAGAGCUAUCUUGUUUUGACCCAUUAAAGGCUGCACCUUUGUUGGGUCUUGCAGAUUACAUUGCAUUCAGGCAAAACUGAUCAACAAAACUGUGAAAAUGUGCUAUUUUUCUUUUUAAAUAGUCUAAAUAUUAGGAAAUAAAGUAUUUUAAGUUUGUAACAGCUGAUGCUCGAUAUAACAAAGUAAAAAUGGCUUCAAUAACAAUGGAAGAAUGUUGGUUAUUGUAGUCCCUUGUGGUUGAUCUAAACUGCUUCUGGUUUUUUAUUGUAAAUGUCCCUGACCCAUAAUCCUUUGCAAUACAUUUCUAUGGCUUCUUUUGGAUCAGUUUGAUAAA